GUAAGCCAUGCACACCAUAUUUCAAACACACAAGUUCAGCUAGCUCUCUAGUCUCCCAAUCACCCAUUUCAUCAUUACAUUUCUUGAUAAAAAAGCCAUACAAAAUGGCAAUUCGAUUUUACUCGACACUUUAUUUGGUGAUUUGUCUCUCUCCAUUAAUCAUUUUUGGUUACUCUCCCAAUGAUGUGAAAACAUGGUGUAGCCAAACCCCUCACCCACACCCAUGCGAGAGUUUUCUAAGCCAUAACCCAAAUAAUAUCCCCAUCAAAGGUAAGUCCCAAUUCUUCAAGAUAUCAACCCAACUAGCCCUAGACCGUGCCAUACUUGCUCACACCAACUUGUAUUCACUUGGCUCAAAGUGCCAAAAUGCACAUGAAAAAGCUGCAUGGGCUGACUGCCUUGAGCUUUAUGACUACACAAUCCAAAAGCUCAACAAAUCCAUAGAUCCCGUCACCAAUGGCGCUACUCAAAACGACGCUCAAUCUUGGCUCAGCACAGCUCUCACGAACCUUGAGACAUGUCUAGCAGGGUUUGUAGACCUCGCUGUCUCGAAUAAUCAGCUCAUGCCAUCUAAUAAUGUUUCUAAUUUGAUUAGCAACACUUUGUCCAUUAACAAAGUACCGUACACCUCUCAGCCAGAAUAUAAACAAGGCUUUCCAACUUGGGUGAAGCCCGGGGAUCGGAAGCUCUUGCAGUCGUCUUCUCCUAAGGCAGAUAUUGUGGUGGCAAAAGACGGUUCAGGGAAUUACAAGACCAUAAAUGAGGCAAUAUCUGCAGCUUCAAAGAGAAAAGGGAGCGGGAGGUAUGUGAUAUAUGUGAAGGCAGGGAGCUACAAGGAAAAUGUUCAGAUAAAGUUGAAUAAUAUCAUGUUGUUGGGAGAUGGCAUAGGAAAGACAAUCAUUACAGGAAGCAAAAGUGUUGGCGGGGGUACUACAACCUUCAAUUCAGCUACAGUUGCUGUGGUCGGAGAUGGGUUUAUUGCCCAAGGCAUAACAUUCGAAAACACUGCCGGUCUAACAAGUGGGCAAGCCGUGGCACUCCGGUCCGGUUCAGAUCUAUCUGUGUUUUACAAGUGUAGCUUUGAGGGGAACCAAGACACCCUCUAUGUGCACUCUGAAAGGCAAUUCUAUAGAGAAUGUGACAUCUAUGGAACUGUUGACUUUAUUUUUGGCAACGCUGCCGUGGUUAUUCAAAAUAGUAACAUUUAUGUUCACAACCACAAAACCAACACAGUUACAGCCCAGGGCCGAACCGACCCAAAUCAGAACACAGGAAUUUCCAUUCAUAAUUGUAAGGUUACAGCUGCUUCGGACUUAAAACCGGUUCAAAGUUCAGUUAAAACAUACCUAGGGAGGCCGUGGAAGCAAUAUUCUCGAACGGUGUUUAUGAAGACAUACCUUGAUAGCUUAAUUAACCCAGCAGGUUGGAUGGAAUGGAGUGGCGAUUUUGCCUUGAAGACUUUGUAUUAUGGUGAAUACAUGAACACUGGCCCUGGUGCAUCCACUAAAAAUAGGGUUAGUUGGGCAGGUUACCAUGUGAUUACUAGUGCCUCGGAGGCUUCCGAAUUCAGUGUUGGGAACUUCAUUGCUGGUGGUUCUUGGUUGCCAGCCACCAAUGUGCCUUUCACCUCUGGUCUAUGAUUAUUAAUAGAUUUGUUUGUAACAUAAUAAAUAAAUUGGCUGUUGCCCAAAAAAGUAGUGUUUCUUUAUAUGGAAUUGUCAAUGGCUCAUGAAUUGUCAUUCUUUGUGAAAUUGUUUAUAUGACUAAUAAUGGAUAAGGUUCUUAUAUUUGU